AUGAAUGACGGCGCCCCAGCUCCAGACCGUCCAACGGCGAAGAAACUGCCCUUCAAAGCAACAGCCUUGCGCAAGGCGGCCUUGCUGAACGUUGGGACUAUAGCUGACAAGAAAGGAUCGGAGAAUGAUGGACUUGACUUAUUUCGCAGAUCGAAGGAGAUGGAGCCUCUCAUAGCUGCGGAUCACGAGAGGAGAAUAAAGAAGCAGAGGCAGGAAUACACGUGUCGCAUGUCAGCUGAGUCGUCAGCCAAGAGAGUCCUGGACGCGCAUACCGAAAAGGAUGUUGUGGCAGAGGCGGAAUCUGGAAAACCACCCCAAGAACCUCAAAACAGCACCCCAGUUACUAGUGAGCUUGCUGCAGAGGAUGAAUUAUCGGCCAGGCUAGUAUGCAGAAAUUUCCUUGAUACGUUUGCAAAAGUAGCUUAUACAUUCUAG